AUGUUUACUCCGCUAGGCUUGUUCAAGGAUAUCCCCUGUCCUCAGGGCCAGGAAUGCGCUCUCUUGACUUGCAUGUUCUCUCACGAAAUUACCAACCCACCCGCAGAAGUCGACAAAAGCGCCAAGAGUACGCAGUCAGAAAAGGAGCUCACUGCUACUCAGGAGGCGCCACCCCUCAAGAAACAAAAGCUUCAGAUCACGGCCGAGGCUGGCAGUGCCAAGAAGGAAGACAAACCUUCACCUUCACUUCAGUACGAAACUAGUGAUCAAAAAGCUACACCGACAAAGAAGGCCAGUACUAAGGCCCAAACAACAAGCCAAACCACUGCGAAACUUCAGUCUAUAUCUAGAGAUGUCUCUCCGCCUCCUUCUAAGGCCGAGCUGUCAACAGCGAAGCGCGAGGUAUCGGCAUCUGCAAAACCGGAGCAACGUCCCCCGCUACGCAAAGCUCCCCGCGAGAGUCUGAAUCCUAGGAUGUUGGCCAAAGCGCCGGUGUCUCAUGGCGUGCGGCUAUCUAUUUUGACGAAGCUUCAUGCUGCUAUGUCAGCCCUGAAUGCCAAGAUAGCGAAGGACAAAGAAAAUAAAGAUAAAAGCAUAAUCUUAACGCCAAACGAACUCAUCACGAUGGCUCUGGAUGAAGAGGAGAAGACGGCAAAAGGGAAUGCGAGUGUAUACGGCAACGUGAUCAAACUCCGCAUUGUUAAACUCUCGAAGAUGAGCAAGGAAGAUUGGGUGAAAGAGGUCAAAGCUCAUCUCAAUGAGAGAUAUUACAAGACAGCGCCUAGUGAAGCAGACCAGAAGCCUACUGUUCUCACAACUGGCCUGAGCAUCAAAGAGGAAAUAGCAAUUGCAGGAAGACUAGUCACGCCUCUUGUAGGACUGGAACAAUAUGGCUACGUGACAAAACCACCCACAGACGAGGAGAUUGAGGUCGCAAGGAAAGGGGUCAUCGAGUCUAAAGGAUGGGAAAAGUGUGAUCGAUGUGGUGGAAGAUUCCAGGUCUUUCCUGGCCGCCGUGAGGAUGGUUCGUUGACAACAGGAGGGCAGUGCACAUACCACCCUGGCAAGCCGUUUUACCCUCCAAAGAAGCGAACAGAUCAUAUUACUGGCCAUAAGGAGGCUUAUUUCACUUGCUGCAAUGAGACCCUGGGGACUUCUUCUGGAUGUACCAAAGGCGAUACCCAUGUCUUCAAAGUGUCGGAGGCGAAGCGGCUGGCGUCCAUUCUUCAAUUCGAGAAGACUCCCGCGCAACCAGACAAGGGCCCCCUUCCACCAGUAUGUUUCGACUGUGAGAUGGGAUACACCACCUUGGGACUGGAGCUGAUCCGGCUCACGGCUGUUAGUUGGCCCGAGGGCAAGGAGCUCCUCGAUGUUAUUGUCAGGCCUAUGGGGGAGAUUCUUGACCUAAACUCGCGAUUUUCUGGUGUCUUCCCCGAACAUUAUAAUAACGCGGCACCCCACGAUGGCUCAGCUACGCCGGUCAUUUCAUCUGCCAGCGAGGAUGGAGAGGUAAAAUUAACGCCUUUACAAGUAGUGGAAUCUCCCGCAGCAGCAAGGACUCUGUUGUUCCAGCUGCUACAACCAGAGACACCUCUAAUAGGGCAUGCCAUUGACAAUGACCUCAACGUUUGCCGUAUUAUCCAUCCUACCGUUAUUGAUACCGUUAUACUAUACCCAGUCGGAGCAGGCCUACCCAACCGCAUGAGCCUUAAAACUCUAUCCAGAAAAUACCUUGAUAGGCACAUACAGACUGGAGGGAAUCGUGGCCAUGAUUCCAAAGAGGAUGCGAUUGCCACUGGGGACUUGGUCCGGGUCAAGGCCGCAGAAUCUUGGAAGGUGUUAAAGACAAAGGGAUGGAUUAUUCAGGAUGAUAAACUUGUCCCUCCGGCCGGUGCAACAGAUGAUACUGGUCCGAUAUGGCGACUUGGACCUGGAGCCGGACAGAAGAGGACCAGUUCUGAUUUGGUUUAA